UUCUCCUCAUUAUCAUCGCGUCACUGACUGUGACCCGGAUAUACGAAGCUUUCUGUUCUGCGAUUAUAGGAGCUGAGUCGCUGACCUGAUCGACAGGCAUUAGCAGUUUUAAAUCUUUAAAUCUGUCAGAAUCACCUCUUUUCACGUUAACCUUUUCCUUCUAGGAUCUCGGGCGGGGUUAUAAGUUCACGAUAUCCCUCCAUUUCUGGGUUUUCGGCCUACAGAUAAGAGGGACGAUGCUUGGAAACGGAGUUGUUGGGAUACUUGCGGAGUCUGUGAAUAAAUGGGAGAGAAGGGCGCCUUUGACUCCGUUACACUGUGCUCGUCUACUUCACGGUGGAAGGGAUAAUACAGGGGUGUCUCGAAUCAUCGUGCAGCCAUCCACGAAGCGAAUUUAUCAUGAUGCAUUGUACGAGGAUGUUGGCUGUGAAAUUUCGGAAGACUUGUCGGAAUGUGGUCUCAUUUUGGGUAUUAAGCAACCAAAGUUAGAGUCUAUUUUACCUGACAGAGCUUACGCCUUUUUCUCCCAUACUCAUAAAGCUCAGAAAGAGAACAUGCCUUUGCUGAAUAAGAUCCUAGCUGAGAGGGUAUCGUUAUAUGACUAUGAAUUGAUUGUUGGGAACGAAGGAAAGAGGUUGAUUGCAUUUGGUAAAUUUGCUGGUAGAGCUGGAAUGAUCGACUUCCUAAGUGCGUUGGGACAGCGGUUUUUAAGCCUUGGAUACUCCACGCCUUUCUUAUCACUGGGAUCAUCUUACAUGUACCCUUCAUUGGCUGCUGCAAAGGCUGCUGUGAUUUCUGUUGGCGAAGCAAUUGCUGCUGAUGGGUUGCCAUUGGGAAUCUGUCCAUUGGUCUUUGUAUUUACUGGUUCAGGAAAUGUUUCUACUGGCGCACAAGAGAUUCUUAAGCUACUUCCUCACACCUUUGUGGAUCCAUGUAGACUUAGCGAACUUCAUAAAAUGGGCAAUGAUCAAUCAGCGUUUACAUCAAAAAGAGUUCUCCAAGUUUAUGGUUGUGUUGUGACUGCCCAAGACAUGGUUGAACCCAAAGACCCUGCAAAAGCCUUUGACAAAGCUGACUAUUAUUCACAUCCAGAACAUUACAACCCUGUUUUCCAUGAAAAAGUGGCUCCAUAUGCAUCUGUGAUUGUCAAUUGCAUGUAUUGGGAGAAUAGAUUUCCUCGGUUGUUAAGUACAAAGCAGCUUCAAGAUUUGAUGAGAAAAGGGUGUCCACUUGUUGGAAUAUCAGACAUUACAUGUGAUAUAGGGGGAUCAAUAGAGUUUGUUAACCAAACCACAUCAAUUGAUUCGCCUUUCUUCAGAUACGAUCCCUUAACUGAUUCCUGCUAUGACCACAUGGAUGGGAGUGGCGUGGUAUGUUUAGCUGUAGACAUCCUCCCAACAGAAUUUGCAAAAGAGGCCUCCGAACAUUUUGGAAACAUACUGUCCCAAUUUGUAAAAAAAUUGGCUUCUACUUCAGACAUCUCAGAAUUGCCGGAACACUUAAGGAGAGCUUGCAUAACCCAUGGAGGAGGGCUAACCUCUUUAUUCGAAUAUAUACCGCGCAUGCGGAAGUCUGGUGGAGAAGAAUUAUCAGGAAGUUUAGCAAGUUCUUCAUCUCAUAAUACCGAAUACAAGAUAUUGGUUUCUCUGAGUGGUCACUUAUUUGAUCAGUUUCUGAUAAAUGAGGCUUUAGAUAUUAUUGAAGCUUUGGGAGGUUCCUUCCACUUAGUCAGGUGUCAAGUGGGUCAGAGUGCUGAUGCUAUGUCAUACUCAGAACUUGAAGUUGGUGCAAAUGAUAGGGAAGUUCUGGAUCAGAUCAUUGAUAAUUUAACUUCUCUUAAGAUUUCACUGAGACUUGGCAAAGUCCAACAGAGUAUUUUAAAGAAUGGACCUGAGCCAAAAAAUAAGGCUGCAGUUUUGAUUCUUGGUGCUGGUCGGGUAUGUCGACCAGCUGCAGAGGUGUUAUCAUCACUUGGAAGUUUUUCAUCCAGUCAAUGGUAUAAACCAUUGUUUGAAUAUGACUAUGAAGAACAUACUGAUAUUGAAGUCAUUGUGGGAUCUCUUUAUCUGGAGGAUGCGGAACAGAUUGUUGAAGGUAUUCCAGGUGCAACUGGAAUUCAAGUUGACGUGAUGGAUCAUGCCAGUCUUUGUAAGUAUAUUUCACAGGUUAACGUUGUUAUAAGUCUUCUGCCCCCUAGUUGUCACAUUUUGGUGGCAAAUGCUUGUAUAGAGCUUAAAAGACAUCUUGUCACUGCUAGCUAUGUUGAUAGCUCCAUUACAAUGUUAGAUGAUAAGGCAAAAGAAGUUGGUAUAACAAUCCUUGGUGAGAUGGGCUUGGACCCAGGCAUAGAUCAUAUGAUGGCGAUGAAGAUGAUUGACCAAGCACAUAUGAGGAAUGGGAAAAUAAAGUCUUUCACUUCUUACUGCGGUGGACUCCCAUCUCCAGCGGCUGCUAACAAUCCAUUAGCAUAUAAAUUUAGUUGGAAUCCAGCUGGUGCUAUUCGAGCUGGGCGUAAUCCUGCCACCUACAGAUCUUGUGGUGAAACUGUGAAUGUAGAUGGGGACAGUCUUUAUGAUUCAGCUUCGAGACUACAGAUACCUGAUCUUCCAGCUUUUUCUUUGGAGUGUCUUCCAAAUCGGAACUCCUUAAUUUAUGGAGAUUUGUAUGGAAUAGGAUCUGAAGCAUCAACCAUUUUCCGUGGAACCCUCCGUUAUGAAGGUUUUAGCAAGAUCAUGGGGACUCUUUCUAGGAUUGGCUUCUUUAACCAUGAAGCUCAUCCAUUUCUUAAGAAUGAAGAGAGACCCACUUUCAGAGCAUUUUUGUUUGGACUUCUGAAAAUUCCAAUUGAAGAUCCAAGUGGGCCUCUAAUUGGAGAGAAAAACAUUAUGGAAAGGAUAUUUUCCUUAGGACAUUGCAAGGAGCAAGGAACUGCAUCAAAGACUGCCAAAACUAUCAUAUUUUUGGGGCUUCAUGAGCAAACAGAAAUCCCUGUUUCCUGCCAAAGUGCUUUUGACGUCAUCUGUUUGCGCAUGGAGGAAAGGUUAGCCUAUUCCAGCACAGAACAGGAUAUGGUGCUUUUGUACCAUGAAGUGGAGAUAGAAUUCCCAGACAGCCAACAGACAGAGAACCAUAGAGCAACAUUGCUUGAAUUUGGAAGGACUAUUGAUGGAAAAACCACAAGUGCCAUGGCCAUCACUGUUGGAAUUCCAGCGGCUGCUGGAGCUCUGCUCUUGCUUAAGGACAAGAUUCAAACAAGAGGUGUCUUGAGGCCUAUAAAACCUGAAGUAUACAAUCCAGCUCUGGAUAUUAUACAAGCCUGUGGCAUCAAGUUGAUAGAGAAGAAUGAUUGAUUUGGGCGACGGCUUUCAUAUUUGGUUUACAAAAGCGUAUUGUGCUAUUCAACGUUUUUUCAAAUUUCAACAGCUUCAUGCCACUGUAAAUGCCUGUAAAUGAUGCUGUAACUAGCAUUUACUUCCCCAUGCAAUGCACUUAAAUAUUGAUUAAAUAUAGUGAUUAAACAUAGGAAACCUUUUCUUCCAUCCAAUUAUGUGUUAACGUGAUAUAUUAACACAUAAUUAUUGCAUGUAAAGAUAUAGAAGGAAAAUGCUUUGAAGUGAACACACUUCACUGUGGAGAGUA